CAUUCCUCACUGCACCGCUCACCAAACCUUGACGCACACACGCCUUUGGCACUUGGCAGGUAGCCCGGAGGCCGAAGGUAGCUGAGCUGAGAUGAACACUUUUCAACCACAAUGCACCCUUCCCCUCGAAGGCCCUGUCUUCAUACAGCAGCCCAAUGUCCGAUCAACCCUGGACAUCAUAUGGAGUUCGCUCGCCAUCAUCUUGUUGUGCACAUGGUCCAUCCUCCACCUGAACGUCCCGCCGCAAGUACGCCCACUCCCGCCUCCCGAGACCUUCUGGCAGAGCUGCAAACGGGUAUUCUUUGAAGCAUGGUAUCCAUUUUGCAGAAAGCUGAAAUGGUUGAUUCUCACAAUAUUCGUUCCCGAAAACAUAUUCGGCGUGGCCCUGUCCGAGUUCUGGAGCGCGUGCCGAUGCACAAGACAGAUUCAGGAGUUUCAACGCGGCGAGAAACUCGAAGACGAGGUCGAAUGGACCCUGACACACUCCUUCUACGCCAACAUGGGCGGCUUCGUCAUCAAAUUCGCACCCGAGCCGGCGCACCCAUCCGACAGGAUGGGCGGGCAGGGUGCUGAUACUGAACACUUCCUCUGGGCCUUUAUCCAACGUGGUCUCGCUGGGUAUAAGCACCUGGGCGCAUUCGAUUGGAAUUCCCACAAGACGCACUACCACCUAGCCAGACGGUGGAUCGACGAACACCAGGUCCAAGGCCACCGCCGCCACCCCGCGCGUGCCCUGAUCGGCGAUACCUGGACGCUGUCUGCAUCACAACUACUCACAGCCCGGCAAACCGGCAUCAUCAAGAACUUCCCCGCCAUCACCAUGGCCGCCAUCGACGACAAGAACAAGGGCGACCUCGUGGUGAAGCUGCUCGCGCUCGGCCAGGUCAUCUGGCUGAUCAUCCAGAUGUGCGUGCGCGCGCACAGGCAGCAGCCGGUCUCGCCCGUCGAGGUGACGGCGCUGGCCUACGCCGGCUGCUCCCUGUUCACCUACCUGCUCCUGCUCAAGAAGCCGCAGGACGUGCGCACGCCGACGGUGGUCGUGGCGGAGCGGAGCCCGACGUACGACGAGUUCGAGCAGAUCAUGGAGACGGCCCCCAAGCUGCACCCCUUCAUGAACGAGGAGCACCAGUUCACCAGCUACGCGCUGCCGACCUCGUCCGUCUCGGCCUACAGGGGGUACCGGGACCUCAUGACGGCCGGUCUGUUUGGCGGGUUGACUGUGUUUGGAUCGCUGCACCUCAUCGCUUGGAACGCGCACUUUCCGACCGAGAACGAACAGCUGCUCUGGCGCAUUUUUUCUCUGCUGGUUGCGACCCUCCCGAUCUUGAUACUUGCGUCCCACGCACUGUUCGGCUGUCUUUCUGCUCGGUUCCCUGGUCUGGUGGUGGCGGACGGGACGGGCUAUUUCUUUGUGGGGGUGACGGGCAUCCUACUCUGGCUGGUGAUGGGUAUCUCGAUGGUCUUUUUCCCUUUGCUGAGGCUAGGUCUGUUGAUCGAGGCUUUCCGGUCGACGUACUAUCUUCCUCCAUCCGCGUAUUUGUCAACGUGGGCCAGCGAAAUUCCUCAUGUCGGGUAAUAGGAGGAGGCAUUGUAAUGAUUAACGCAACGUCAGGGUUGGAUACAGGAGUUCGCAUUCCCAACCUACUAGAUACCACACCAUGUCCCGAUACCAUGAACAAUAGUUCUUUCAAUUCCCUUGUCCUGAUUCAAACGUUAUAUAUCAAGUUCCUCAGUCUCAGUUCAUUCCAAUUCUAGGUAGACAGCAUGAAUCUAACGCGCCCAAUACCACGCAAAGGCCUCCCCAGUAUACACCCAACAUCUCCACGCCCUGCCG